CACUUUCAUCGUGCUCUACAUUUUCUUCAUUUCAAUCACAAAAUUUAGAGUAUCUUAUUUACCUUUUCUCCUCGUCUAAGAUGUCUGACGCCGAGCACAGAUGUUUCGUCGGAGGUCUUGCAUGGGCCACCGAUGACGAAGCUUUGAGCAGGGCUUUCUCUCAGUUCGGCCAAGUUACUGAUUCGAAGGUGAUUCAAGACAGAGAAACUGGCAGAUCCAGGGGAUUUGGCUUUGUGACCUUCGGAAGCAAAGAAGAGCUUGACGCUGCAAUUGAAGGAAUGAACGGUCAGACUCUUGACGAACGUCAGAUCACUGUUAACGAGGCUCAAUCUCGCAGUGGUGGUGGAGGAGGCGGUGGUGGAUUCCGCAGUGGUGGAGGAGGUGGUUACGGAGGUCGUCGUGAAGGUGGAGGUGGCGGCUACGGAGGAGGAGGUGGUUACGGUGGAGGUGGUCGUCGUGAAGGCGGAGGAGGAGGUUACGGAGGAGGUGGUGGUGGUUACGGUGGAGGUGGUCGUCGUGAAGGCGGAGGAGGUGGUUACGGUGGAGGACGUGAUUCUGACGGCGGUAGCUGGAGGAAUUAAUGCGUUAUAUCGUCAAGUAACUUCCAACCAUGGUUUCAUUCUGUCUAAAAGUCCUAGAUCUAGGGUUCUAGGUGACUGUUAGUGUUUGAUUAUCUCGAAAUUAGUGGUUUUAUCGGCUUAGUAUUAGUAUUAUGGGUGCUAAUUUUGAUCGUUGGUUAAUUAGGUGUUCUGGAAGCUGGGUUACUGUUGAGUGAGGAUGUUACUUUUGUAAUUAAACGAUAGUUGCAGCCUUGGAAUUAAUGAAAAGUUUGAAUGCCAAAA